AUGCAUUUUUGUAUUCAAUGGCACGAUUGGUUUUACCAAGAGACCGUCGCGUCGGUGGACUCUGCCAGCGGCGCAGCACGCCGGCGCAGGCCGCGCGAUCGACGCCGCCCCCCGGCCGCGCCGCCGACGCCGUCGACGCGGCAGAGGAUCUCCGCCGAGGAACUAGCGGAGGCGCUGCGCCCGCACCUUCUGUCGCCGAAGCGCAUGUGGGCCAUGGGCUACCCGCUGGAGAUCGAGCCCACGUCGUCGAAGGCCGUCGUCUACAUAAACCCACCGCCUCGGCCGAGGCCGCUGCAGCUGACCACGUGGGACGUCAACGCGCCCGAGUUCGUGCCCGGCGGCUCGCAGAGCGACAGCGGACGGGGCUCGUGGGGAUCUACUCCGCGCUCCGACAGCGACGAGGAAGCGGAUGCAGUGGAACACUUGUGUGUGCGAUGUGAUAAGAUGUUUCGAAUGACUCGUGAUGGUGAAUACCUAGUGGAGGAGACGUGUGCCUAUCACUGGGGCCGCGUAUGCGGCAGUGAUUCUCGAUACACGUGCUGCAAUUCGCCGUCGGGCUCGAAGGGCUGCAGCACGGCUCGCUUCCACGUGUGGAGCGGCACCCGGCCCGGCAUGAACGGCCCGCUCGAGGGCUACGUACGCGCACGCUCCCCCAGGGGCGGCGUUUACGCACUAGACGCCGAAAUGUGCUACACAACAGCGGGCCUAGAGCUGGCCAGCAUCGCAGUGAUAGCAGCGGACGGGCGGCUCGUGUACAAAUCGCUAGUAAAGCCCAGUUCACCGGUCGUCGACCACAACACCCGCUUCUCAGGCAUCAGGCCGCGCGACUUGGCGCGCGCGACUAAGACGCUACGAGACGUACAAAAUGACAUCCUCGGAUUCGUGGGCAGCGAUACGAUCCUCAUCGGUCACGCUUUGGACAACGAUCUGCGGGCCCUGAAACUGCUGCACGGCGCCGUGGUGGACACCUGCGCGCUGUACCCCCAUUCGCGGGGCUUCCCGCUCAGACGGUCCCUGCGCGCUCUGUGCGAAGAGUUGCUGGGGCGCAGCGUGCAGCGAGGAAGUGGUGGCCACUCGCCGCUGGAGGACGCCCGCGCCGCAAUGGACCUGGUGCUCCUCAAAGUCCACGAAGAGCGCCGGAAUCGUGCCCGCUUGUCCAGCCAACUGUCAAUACUGCAGCCGUACGAUCCCCUGAUCAGUUCCGCC